AUGUCUAGUAUUAAGCAAAAGAUCCUCAAUAACGGCAACGUCAUCCCAACUGUCGGUCUGGGAGUUUAUGAAACCGACCCUAAAAAGUGCACAGACCUGGUGUACGAAGCAUUGAAGGUUGGCUACCGUCAUGUGGACUCUGCUUCCAUCUACAAAAAUGAGCAAGAAGUUUGCGAUGGUAUUUCCAAAUGGCUCAAGGAAGACUCUUCUCACAAAAGAGAGGACGUUUUCUACACCACCAAGCUGUGGGAUGCAGAUCAUGGAUACGAGCCUGCCAAGAAGGCCAUCAAGUUGAUGCUCGAAAAGGCCAAGGACAUCGGCUACAUUGAUCUGAUCCUGAUCCACACUCCUAAGACCAGCUACAAAAAACGGCACGGGGCUUGGAAAGCGCUGGAAGAGGCCUACGAGGCAGGAACCGUCAAGAACAUCGGUAUUUCCAACUACGGUAUCAAGCACGUGAAGGAAGUUCUCGCGUACCCGGACUUAAAAGUUGUUCCAGCAAUCAACCAGGUGGAAAUCCAUCCUUGGCUUGGAAGAAAAGACCUGGUGGAGUUCUGUCGGCAGAACAAGAUCACUCCUGAGGCGUACUCUCCUUUGGUGAGAGGCCAAAAGAUGACCGAUCCCUUGUUGCUCAGCUUGGCCAAGAAGUACAACAAGAGUGCCGGUCAGAUCCUCAUCAGAUGGUCUUUGGAGGAAGGUUUCAUAACUCUUCCAAAAACCGAGACCAUGUCCAGACUGGCCGAAAAUUUUGACGUUUUCGACUUUGAGCUGUCUCCAGAGGACAUCAAGACUCUCUCGGACUUGGACGAGUACUACAUCAGUGGCUGGGAUCCAACUAUCUACCCAUUGGAUGAUGAAAAAUGA